AUGGUCCUCGUCGCGACCGACAACUGUUGGCCGACCGAGAAUCUGAUCCUCAAGACCCGUCGCAAACACUACCGCACCAAUAUCGCUCCCUGGCACUGGCAGCUGCGGUCCCUCAUCAGCGCCGAGGGAAACGACACCCUCUACUUCCCGACUGGAGUCAACAACAACCACAUUACGCGCAUCAACACCCAGACGCAGGAAUCCGAGACCAUCAAAGUCCUGAGCUUUCAUCCGCGAUGCCUGGUCGCAAGGAAUGGCUGGAUAUGCUGCGGUGGUGAGAGUGGCGAGUUCGCCGUCCUCCAGAACCACAGCCUCGGCGAGAUGGACGGCGGCGAGACCACCAGACGGACCAAUGUCGACGAUGCGCUCAGCAGUAACUUCCAUUCGCACCUCCGCUCGCUCGAAUCUCCGCCCGCCGCCAACGACACGUCUUUGACAUCAUCUUUCAGCAGAGAUAUGUUCAACCUGCUUGAGCAGAGGCUCAACGGUCCGACCAAGACCUGGACUGCGUCAAACCACAAGUACGGCUCGGAGCGCGUGAAUUGCAUCACCAUUUGGGAACCGCCCGAGGCCACCUCCUUGUUCCCCGCGCGCCCUGGCCACUAUGCCACUCCCGUCGCUGUGCUUGCAAACAACGACAAGACGGUCACCCUCGUUGGCUUGCACGACUGCGAAUACCUCGACGAGCUGGAACUGCCAGAUUGUGUGAACCGAAGCAUCAUCUCCCCCGAUGGUUCCCUGCUGGCCAGCAUUUGCGACGACCCGUUUCUCUACUUGCACACCAGAAGUGCUGUGGACAAGGGCAGGAUCGGGGACUCUUACGAGUGGAAGAUGCUGCCCAGGGUCCGUUUGGAAACGCCACCGACACAACAGCCUCCGCGCGACGACUGCAGGGGUUCCUUCGCCGCUUCUUUCUCGUCCUCUGGGAGAUAUCUGGCGAUCGGGGUUCAGAAUGGCACAAUGCUCGUUUUUAACGUAGCCGCGUUGGUCACUGCAGAAACGGACCCCCUGGUUGCGUCCUUCGGCUCCAGUCAACGUCCUCAUACCCAGGGCGCCAUUCGAGACAUGGCCUUCUGCCCUGGCCCCUACGAUCUUCUGGCGUGGACUGAGCAUCGUGGACGGAUUGGCGUCGCUGAUGCGCGAACAAACUUCACGCAACGUCAAAUUAUUGCACUAGACCAGCAUGAUGACUAUGAACACCUACCCCUCAACGACCGGAACACGAUUGACCCUCGGCUCCUAGAACAUAGGAAUGAACGCAACAUGGCCUCCAGUAGCCCCUCACACCUCGCGAGAUUGCUGAGCCAAGCUAGCUCGCCCCAACCUACUACGAAUCCCGAAUCCACUGCUGAGGCCACUGAACGGCUGAACCACCCGUUCACGCCGGAAGAGACUGCGAUUCUGGAGGCUGUCUCCAACGAACGGCGGCGACGGGAGGCCAGGGAAGCGCGAGAGCAGAUCGCGCAGGAGAUAGCAAGGGGUAGCACGGCCUGGAGAUCCUCCAUCUGGGCUGAGAGACGUGACACACUUUCACGCAUUCUCGAGCGUGAAAGACGUGAUGCACGGGAUCAACAUCGCCUAGCAGCAGCUCAAGCACAGAAUUCGUCGGAGCAUGAACGCGAGAGACGUGCUCCCACGCCUCGGAGGAGAAAUAGCUCGACGAUGCAAGCCGCCUUAGCCCAGGAUUCCGACCUGGCGUCGGCACUCGGCCGCAACGCUACUUCGGGUAAUAACGAGGCGGCAGCAUCUCGAGAUUCUUCUCGGCCGUGGGCGGCCGGAAGGCCACUCGCAGGCUGGGCCGAUCUCGAGGCUCUCUACAACAUCGCGGGAGGUGAUGAAUCCGGGUCGAACGACAACAUCAGGGUGCAACCAAGCCGUACGCGUCGCGCAAUUCCUGUCAUCAACGACGUUUGGAAUGACGACCUGACGGGCUUUGGCACCCGGCGUAACUACCCAAGAGUUAGCAGCCGCGACCAUACUCAGCACCCUGAUGAUACGGCCGGACUCACAUGGAGUGCGGACGGCCAGACAUUAUGGGUGGGAGCUGAGGAUGGCGUACUUGACGUCGUCAAACUUACCAACGAAGAUGCUGAGAGAAAGUUUGCGGCGUCAAUUGCUCUCGCAGACGCGGCAUGCAAUAACCCGCCCCUUCUCGAGCACAUCGCCGGCGCGGGCAGAUUUCACGCAUGUUUAGGCGGCGGCGUGAUCGGCCUGGCUACGGCCCAGCGCCUGGCGUCCUCCCACCCAGGGGCCAGCACUCUGCUCCUGGAGCGGCACGGCCAGGUCGGCACCGAGACCUCGAGCCGCAACAGCGAGGUCAUCCACGCUGGCAUCUACUACCCCGCUGCCUCCCUCAAGACGCGGCUGUGCCUCCGCGGCAAGGACCAGCUGUACGCAUUCUGCGCGCGGCACGGCGUCCCCCACGCGCGCACGGGCAAGUGGAUCGUCGCGCAGGAUGCCGGUGAGCGCGACGCCCUGGAGCGCCUGCACGCCUUCUGCCGCGACGAGAUCGGCGUGCCCACGCGCUGGGUCGGCCCCGAGGAGAUGGCGCGUGAGGAGCCCGCUGUUCGGGCCCAGGAGGCCGCCCUCGAGAGCCCCACCAGCGGCAUCGUGGACAGCCACUCGCUCAUGGUGACGCUGCACGGGCUGUUCGAGGACGCAGGCGGCGUCACGGCGCUGAACUCGGCCGUGGCCGCCGUCGAGCCGCUCCCGGGGGCCGGCCUGCCGGGCAGCGGCGGGUGGCGCCUCACGGUGCGCGACGUGUCGACCGGCGAGGAGAGCAUCAUCGAGACGGAGACGCUGGUCAACAGCGCCGGGCUCGGCGCCAUCGAUCUGCACAACUCCAUCGUGCCACCGGAGCGGGCCAUGAAGCUGUACUGCGCCAAGGGCAACUACUUCUCGUACGGCGCCUCGCAGCCCAAGGUCAAGCGCCUGAUCUACCCGAUGACGAUGCCCGGCGCCGGCGGCCUGGGCACCCACCUCACGCUCGACAUGGCGGGCCGCCUCCGCUUCGGCCCGGACGUCGAGUGGGUUGACGACCCGGCCGACCUCCAGGUCAGCGCGGCGCGCCUGCCCCAGGCUCUGGGCGAGAUCCGGAAGUACCUCCCGGACGUGGAUGUCAGCGCGCUGACACCCGAUUACGCCGGCAUCCGACCCAAGUUAGCCAAGGCCGGCGCCGUGGGCCCCGGCAAGGGGUUCGUGGACUUCUACAUCAAAAAGGAGGAGGGGUUCGAGGGCUGGGUGAACCUACUGGGUAUGGAGAGCCCCGGUCUCACGAGUUCUCUCGCCAUUGGGGAUAUGGUGAACGACCUGUUAUACGGAAGUCAGAGCGAGAAAGCAUGA